CUUCACUGAAAAAUAGUGCGGGUAAUGACCAGCCAGUUGAUCUAGUGAAUAUAAAACCGAUGAUUUGCCAUUCUUCAAAAAGACCAAGAGUGAACAGAUUGCAAGCCGUCAGUAAAAUGUUCGUUAUGGAAAAAGAAAAGAGGAAUGGAGACAAAAGAAGGUUGAAAAUCUCUAGACGAUAG